AUGUCUAAGAACAGUGACCUCAGGAACGACACCUACGACCAAGUGGAGACCAUCAUCAAUAAAGCUCUAAACACACUUCUAAAUGAACCUGGUGCAGAACCAUUCGAACCCCAGAGCUCUUUCAUCACGAGUUCAGGAAACCAGGUUAAUGGUGAUAUGGAUUACUACUUCCAAGAUGGAGCCACCAAAACACCAGCAGCCUUCCAGAAUGAGCUAACACCUGUAUCUGGUUCAGCUGUGGUUCAGACCAGGAUGGUCUUCAAUUCCUCCUCUCCUGUUCCCAGUGAGAGUUUGGUCCUCAGUGCGAUCCAGACUCUUCUCAGUGCUCGCCUCACGAACCUCUCUGACUCUGUAAAAGUGCUGAACUUCACCUAUGAGAACAUUUCAGACACCUCCUAUGCAGUCAACUUCACAUUGAGCAUCAGUAACAUCAGCAUGUCUAAGAACCCUGACCUCAGGAACGACACCUACACCCAAGUGGAGAACAUCAUCAAUAACGCUCUAAACACGCUUCUAAAUGAACCUGGUGCAGAAGCAUUUGAACCCCAGAGCUCUUUCUUCACGAGUUCAGGAAACCAGAUUAAUGGUGAUAUGGAGUACUACUUCCAAGAUGAAGACACCAAAACACCAGCAGCCUUCCUGAAUGAGCUUAAAUCACAGAGCUUACCUAUAUCUGGUUCAGCUGUGGUUCAGACCAGGAUGGUCUUCAAUUCCUCCUCUCCUGUUCCCAGUGAGAGUUUGGUCCUCAGUGCGAUCCAGACUCUUCUCAGUGCUCGCCUCACGAACCUCUCUGACUCUGUAAAAGUGCUGAACUUCACCUACGAGAAAAUUUCAGACACCUCCUAUGCAGUCAACUUCACAUUGAGCAUCAGUAACAUCAGCAUGUCUAAGAACCCUGACCUCAGGAACGACACCUACACCCAAGUGGAGAACAUCAUCAAUAACGCUCUAAACACACUUCUAAAUGAACCUGGUGCAGAACCAUUCGAACCCCAGAGCUCUUUCAUCACGAGUUCAGGAAACCAGGUUAAUGGUGAUAUGGAUUACUACUUCAAAGAUGGAGCCACCAAAACACCAGCAGCCUUCCAGAAUGAGCUAACACCUGUGAGUUCAGGAAACCAGGUUAAUGGUGAUAUGGAUUACUACUUCCAAGAUGGAGCCACCAAAACACCAGCAGCCUUCCAGAAUGAGCUAACACCUGUAUCUGGUUCAGCUGUGGUUCAGACCAGGAUGGUCUUCAAUUCCUCCUCUCCUGUUCCCAGUGAGAGUUUGGUCCUCAGUGCGAUCCAGACUCUUCUCAGUGCUCGCCUCACGAACCUCUCUGACUCUGUAAAAGUGCUGAACUUCACCUAUGAGAACAUUUCAGACACCUCCUAUGCAGUCAACUUCACAUUGAGCAUCAGUAACAUCAGCAUGUCUAAGAACCCUGACCUCAGGAACGACACCUACACCCAAGUGGAGAACAUCAUCAAUAACGCUCUAAACACACUUCUAAAUGAACCUGGUGCAGAACCAUUCGAACCCCAGAGCUCUUUCAUCACGAGUUCAGGAAACCAGGUUAAUGGUGAUAUGGAUUACUACUUCCAAGAUGGAGCCACCAAAACACCAGCAGCCUUCCAGAAUGAGCUAACACCUGUAUCUGGUUCAGCUGUGGUUCAGACCAGGAUGGUCUUCAAUUCCUCCUCUCCUGUUCCCAGUGAGAGUUUGGUCCUCAGUGCGAUCCAGACUCUUCUCAGUGCUCGCCUCACGAACCUCUCUGACUCUGUAAAAGUGCUGAACUUCACCUACGAGAACAUUUCAGACACCUCCUAUGCAGUCAACUUCACAUUGAGCAUCAGUAACAUCAGCAUGUCUAAGAACCCUGACCUCAGGAACGACACCUACACCCAAGUGGAGAACAUCAUCAAUAACGCUCUAAACACACUUCUAAAUGAACCUGGUGCAGAACCAUUCGAACCCCAGAGCUCUUUCAUCACGAGUUCAGGAAACCAGGUUAAUGGUGAUAUGGAUUACUACUUCAAAGAUGGAGCCACCAAAACACCAGCAGCCUUCCAGAAUGAGCUAACACCUGUGAGUUCAGGAAACCAGGUUAAUGGUGAUAUGGAUUACUACUUCCAAGAUGGAGCCACCAAAACACCAGCAGCCUUCCAGAAUGAGCUAACACCUGUAUCUGGUUCAGCUGUGGUUCAGACCAGGAUGGUCUUCAAUUCCUCCUCUCCUGUUCCCAGUGAGAGUUUGGUCCUCAGUGCGAUCCAGACUCUUCUCAGUGCUCGCCUCACGAACCUCUCUGACUCUGUAAAAGUGCUGAACUUCACCUAUGAGAACAUUUCAGACACCUCCUAUGCAGUCAACUUCACAUUGAGCAUCAGUAACAUCAGCAUGUCUAAGAACCCUGACCUCAGGAACGACACCUACACCCAAGUGGAGAACAUCAUCAAUAACGCUCUAAACACACUUCUAAAUGAACCUGGUGCAGAACCAUUCGAACCCCAGAGCUCUUUCAUCACGAGUUCAGGAAACCAGGUUAAUGGUGAUAUGGAUUACUACUUCCAAGAUGGAGCCACCAAAACACCAGCAGCCUUCCAGAAUGAGCUAACACCUGUAUCUGGUUCAGCUGUGGUUCAGACCAGGAUGGUCUUCAAUUCCUCCUCUCCUGUUCCCAGUGAGAGUUUGGUCCUCAGUGCGAUCCAGACUCUUCUCAGUGCUCGCCUCACGAACCUCUCUGACUCUGUAAAAGUGCUGAACUUCACCUACGAGAACAUUUCAGACACCUCCUAUGCAGUCAACUUCACAUUGAGCAUCAGUAACAUCAGCAUGUCUAAGAACCCUGACCUCAGGAACGACACCUACACCCAAGUGGAGAACAUCAUCAAUAACGCUCUAAACACACUUCUAAAUGAACCUGGUGCAGAACCAUUCGAACCCCAGAGCUCUUUCAUCACGAGUUCAGGAAACCAGGUUAAUGGUGAUAUGGAUUACUACUUCCAAGAUGGAGCCACCAAAACACCAGCAGCCUUCCAGAAUGAGCUAACACCUGUAUCUGGUUCAGCUGUGGUUCAGACCAGGAUGGUCUUCAAUUCCUCCUCUCCUGUUCCCAGUGAGAGUUUGGUCCUCAGUGCGAUCCAGACUCUUCUCAGUGCUCGCCUCACGAACCUCUCUGACUCUGUAAAAGUGCUGAACUUCACCUACGAGAACAUUUCAGACACCUCCUAUGCAGUCAACUUCACAUUGAGCAUCAGUAACAUCAGCAUGUCUAAGAACCCUGACCUCAGGAACGACACCUACACCCAAGUGGAGAACAUCAUCAAUAACGCUCUAAACACACUUCUAAAUGAACCUGGUGCAGAACCAUUCGAACCCCAGAGCUCUUUCAUCACGAGUUCAGGAAACCAGGUUAAUGGUGAUAUGGAUUACUACUUCAAAGAUGGAGCCACCAAAACACCAGCAGCCUUCCAGAAUGAGCUAACACCUGUAUCUGGUUCAGCUGUGGUUCAGACCAGGAUGGUCUUCAAUUCCUCCUCUCCUGUUCCCAGUGAGAGAUUAGUCCUCAGUGCGAUCCAGACUCUUCUCAGUGCUCGCCUCACGAACCUCUCUGACUCUGUAAAAGUGCUGAACUUCACCUACGAGAACAUUUCAGACACCUCCUAUGCAGUCAACUUCACAUUGAGCAUCAGUAACAUCAGCAUGUCUAAGAACCCUGACCUCAGGAACGACACCUACACCCAAGUGGAGAACAUCAUCAAUAACGCUCUAAACACACUUCUAAAUGAACCUGGUGCAGAACCAUUCGAACCCCAGAGCUCUUUCAUCACGAGUUCAGGAAACCAGGUUAAUGGUGAUAUGGAUUACUACUUCCAAGAUGGAGCCACCAAAACACCAGCAGCCUUCCAGAAUGAGCUAACACCUGUGUAA